CUGGAUUCCUUUAUGUUGUCAUAGCAGUUAAAACCUGUUUGAUUUGUUAUAUGUUGUUAAGAUCCUUUUUCGUCCCCAGGAAGAGCGGCGACGUCAGGAAAAAAGAUCGUGAAACGGGGGAGAGUUUCCAUACUUGGAGGGAGAAGCCUUUCCAAACUGUUGUUGCUUGUGCCAACUUGGAUAACAAAAAUCUCAUUCCAGUCAGAUAACUCAGUUAGCUAUGGCAAACAUGCAAAGCUCAGGACAAGAACAAAUGAGCCCAAAGGUUCAACGCUCUCCACCAUUUACAAGGCAAGAGCUAGUUUUCAUGGUGAAAUUUAUGGAUCAACGGUUAUAUGAUGCUCCAUGGCUGGGAUCGGCAUAUAAACGGAAAAGCAGAAUCCUGCGUAAGCUUUCCCAACGUCUGUCUGAAAAAUUCCAAUCAAGUCACACACCAAGGCAGCUCCAGAAAAGAUUUAGUGAUUUGAAGACUCGACAGAAGAAGACCCUGAAGACUAUACGUAACCAGAUGAAACAGGAGUCAGGGAGAGAACAAGCACAUGAAAAUGAAGAAGAGCCGGAGUCUGAGGAGGAAUCACAGAAUGUUGAGGAUCCACAACAGACUUUGGAGCAAAAUACCACAAGUGAAUUCGAAACUGAGGAUUUGCAAGAGGAAGAUAGCCAUGAACCCUUAACUCAGGUUCGAAUGUUAGGACUAUGUUACUUUGAGAUUGGAACCACUAACAACACCAGAUUCCCAAGCAUUCACUUCUACUGCAUGUUCUACACCGAUGCUGCAGGAUCAAGAUCAUGUUCCCUUAAGACGUUGGGAAGUGUUCAGCCUGUUUAA